AACUCCGGCGACCAACCAGGCUGCCUCCAAAGCAGCCAAACCCAAGCCACUGACCCGCCGCCGCUAGAUCUCGCCAAUGCCGCGGAGACACGACGCCCUCCGCCUGCUGCUGCUGGUGGUGGUGGUCGCCGCGGCGGAUGCGGCGACGGAGGCCGACGCGCUGCUGGCGUGGAAGGCCGGCCUGCAGGACGGCGCGGCCGCGCUGUCCGGGUGGAGCCGCGCCGCGCCGGUGUGCGCGUGGCGCGGCGUGGCCUGCGACGCCGCCGCCGGCGGCGCCCGCGUCACUUCGCUCCGGCUCAGGGGCGCCGGCCUUGGCGGCGGCCUCGACGCGCUCGACUUCGCGGCGCUCCCGGCGCUGGCCGAGCUCGACCUCAACGGGAACAACUUCACCGGCGCCAUCCCGGCGAGCAUCUCGCGGCUCCGCUCGCUGGCCUCGCUCGACCUCGGCAACAAUGGCUUCAGCGACUCCAUCCCGCCGCAGCUCGGCGACCUCUCCGGCCUCGUCGACCUCCGCCUCUACAACAACAACCUCGUCGGCGCCAUCCCGCACCAGCUCAGCCGCCUCCCCAAGGUUGCCCACUUCGACCUGGGAGCAAACUACCUCACCGACGAGGACUUCGCCAAGUUCUCGCCGAUGCCCACCGUCACGUUCAUGUCGCUCUACCUCAACUCCUUCAAUGGCAGCUUCCCGGAGUUCAUCCUCAAAAGCGGCAACGUCACCUACCUCGACCUGUCGCAGAACACUCUGUUCGGGAAGAUACCGGACACGCUGCCGGAGAAGCUCCCGAAUCUGAGGUACCUCAACCUGUCCAUCAAUGCGUUCUCCGGCCCGAUUCCGGCGUCGCUUGGGAAGUUGACGAAGCUGCAGGACCUGCGGAUGGCCGCCAACAAUCUCACCGGCGGCGUCCCGGAGUUCCUCGGGUCGAUGCCGCAGUUGAGGAUUCUUGAACUCGGCGACAACCAGCUCGGCGGGCCGAUCCCGCCGGUUCUUGGCCAGCUCCAGAUGCUGCAGCGGCUCGACAUCAAGAACUCGGGGCUCUCUUCAACUCUGCCGUCGCAGCUGGGAAAUCUGAAGAAUCUCAUUUUCUUCGAGCUGUCCUUGAACCAGCUCUCCGGUGGCUUGCCGCCGGAGUUCGCCGGGAUGCGGGCAAUGCGGUACUUCGGCAUUUCCACGAACAACCUCACCGGUGAGAUCCCGCCGGUGUUGUUCACGAGCUGGCCGGAGCUCAUAUCCUUCCAAGUGCAGAACAACUCGUUGACAGGCAAGAUUCCGCCGGAGCUCGGCAAGGCGAGCAAACUGAACAUCCUCUACCUAUUCACCAACAAGUUUACGGGCUCCAUUCCGGCAGAGCUCGGCGAGCUGGAGAACCUGACAGAGCUGGAUUUGUCGGUGAACUCGCUCACCGGACCGAUCCCCAGCUCGUUCGGCAACCUCAAGCAGCUCACAAAGUUGGCGCUAUUCUUCAACAAUCUCACCGGCGUAAUCCCGCCGGAGAUUGGCAACAUGACGGCGUUGCAAAGCCUCGACGUCAACACCAACAGUCUGCACGGCGAGCUGCCAGCCACCAUCACGGCCCUGAGGAGCCUCCAGUACCUCGCCGUGUUCGACAACCACAUGAGCGGCACCAUCCCGGCGGACCUCGGCAAGGGCCUGGCCUUGCAGCACGUGAGCUUCACCAACAACAGCUUCUCCGGCGAGCUGCCGCGCCACAUCUGCGACGGCUUCGCGCUGGACCACCUCACGGCGAACUACAACAACUUCACCGGCGCGCUGCCGCCGUGCCUGAAGAACUGCACGGCGCUGGUCCGUGUCCGGCUGGAGGAGAACCACUUCACCGGCGACAUCUCGGAGGCCUUCGGCGUGCACCCCAAGCUGGUGUACCUGGACGUCUCCGGGAACAAGCUCACCGGCGAGCUGUCGUCUGCCUGGGGACAGUGCAUCAACCUCACACUCCUGCAUCUCGACGGCAAUCGCAUAUCCGGCGGCAUUCCGGCGGCAUUUGGGAGCAUGACAAGCUUGAAGGAUCUCAAUUUGGCUGGAAAUAAUCUGACAGGAGGGAUUCCACCUGUGUUGGGAAAUAUCAGGGUCUUCAAUCUCAACCUGAGCCAUAACUCCUUUUCCGGGCCGAUUCCGGCGAGCUUGAGCAACAAUUCCAAGCUUCAGAAAGUCGAUUUCUCAGGGAACAUGCUUGAUGGGACGAUACCAGUUGCCAUUAGCAAGCUUGAUGCUCUGAUAUUGCUUGAUUUGAGCAAGAACAGGUUGUCAGGGGAGAUACCAAGUGAGCUUGGUAAUCUGGCUCAGCUGCAGAUCCUGCUUGAUUUGAGCAGCAAUUCUCUAUCAGGCGCGAUCCCUCCAAAUCUUGAGAAGCUGAUAACUCUGCAGAGACUGAACUUAUCACACAAUGAGCUCAGUGGUUCGAUCCCGGCAGGGUUUUCUCGCAUGUCAAGCCUCGAAUCAGUUGAUUUCUCUUAUAAUCGACUCACCGGGAGUAUACCGUCAGGGAAUGUUUUCCAGAAUGCUUCAGCUUCUGCAUAUGUUGGGAAUUCGGGGCUCUGUGGUGAUGUGCAAGGUCUAACUCCUUGUGACAUCAGUUCUACCGGAUCAUCUUCUGGGCAUCACAAGAGAGUAGUCAUUGCAACAGUUGUGUCAGUAGUUGGAGUGGUGUUACUACUAGCCGUUGUUACUUGCAUCAUACUGUUAUGCAGGAGGAGGCCUAGAGAGAAGAAAGAGGUGGAAUCUAACACCAAUUAUUCAUAUGAGUCCACAAUCUGGGAAAAGGAAGGCAAGUUCACAUUCUUCGACAUCGUGAACGCCACGGACAACUUCAAUGAAACCUUCUGCAUCGGCAAAGGAGGGUUCGGAAGUGUCUACCGGGCUGAGCUCUCCAGUGGGCAGGUUGUGGCCGUCAAACGCUUCCAUGUCGCCGACACGGGUGACAUACCGGAUGUGAACAAGAAGAGCUUCGAGAACGAGAUCAAGGCGCUGACGGAGGUCCGCCACCGCAACAUUGUCAAGCUCCAUGGCUUCUGCACCAGUGGUGACUACAUGUACCUGGUGUAUGAGUACUUGGAAAGGGGCAGCUUGGGGAAGACAUUGUAUGGGGAGGAAGGGAAGAAGAAGAUGGAUUGGGGCAUGAGGGUGAAGGUGGUGCAGGGGCUGGCUCAUGCCCUGGCUUACUUGCAUCAUGACUGCAAUCCAGCCAUCGUUCAUCGUGAUAUUACUGUUAAUAAUAUCCUGCUUGAGUCAGACUUUGAGCCGCGCUUGUGUGAUUUUGGCACGGCGAAGUUGCUUGGGGGUGCAUCGACGAACUGGACUUCUGUGGCAGGAUCAUAUGGAUACAUGGCUCCAGAAUUCGCAUACACGAUGAGGGUGACGGAGAAGUGCGAUGUGUAUAGCUUUGGCGUGGUUGCGCUAGAGGUCAUGAUGGGAAAGCACCCAGGUGACCUCUUAACAUCCCUGCCAGCCAUCUCAUCAUCAGAAGAAGAUGAUCUACUGCUCAAGGACAUACUAGACCAGCGGCUGGAUGCUCCAACAGGGCAGCUCGCAGAAGAGGUCGUGUUCAUCGUGAGAAUCGCGCUUGGUUGCACAAGGGUGAACCCUGAAUCCAGGCCUUCCAUGAGAUCUGUAGCGCAGGAGAUUUCUGCGCAUACUCAAGCCUACCUCUCUGAACCAUUCAAACUGAUCACAAUUAGCAAGCUAACAGACUACCAGAAGUGAAUAUAUAUCUGUGCAGAGAUGUAAAGCACCAGGAGGGGAGGAAGGGAACUUCGCAGUUAGUGAUUUGUAAGAUGCAUCCUCAGAUUAUAUUAAUGCCAAGGGUAAGCUUAGGAUAGUAUAUUACAUUAACUGCUGAUAAAUAUAUAGAAAUUAUUCUGUACACUGAAUCACAAAACCUGUCUUUCAUCAACUUUGUACAAUUGUAUUGCUCGUUGUUACUAUCCCUGUGGUAAUAUUAUUAUUUUCCCCCAUAGGCUAAACAAUAAACUUGUAAAUGUAAGACAGAGAAGAGAAAUGGAGAAAUUUAUGACUUUGCCA